AUGGAUUCCAUAACUGAUUUACACGAUGAUCUUUCUCAAGUUCUGAAAUCUAUCAAAGAAUCACCUCAGACUGAGGGGAGUUUUAUGGGCACUGAAUUGGGUAAGUUAUGUGAUGAUUUCAAUUACAUCAAGCAGACAAUUACCAAGUUCAGAAGUUAUGAAGAAACCCUGGGCAAAUCAGUGGUACCUCUUCAUGGCAAAAUCAAGGAGCUUCUAUCUUUUGCUGUAUUCCCAGAGAAUGCAGUGAUUAAGAAAAGACUUCUGAUGCAUUGGUGGAUUGGAGAGUGCUUUGUUAACCCUUCAGCAUUUGGAGAAAAUGUUGAUGAAAUUCUUGAGAAAUUCAUGAAGAAGGGACUUAUUCAGCCUGUUUAUGAGAAGGCCAAGCUACGGCCUAACAGCUUUAAGAUGCUCCCCACCGUGCGUUCUUCGGUUAUUGUCAUUGCUAAGGAAGUUGGAUUCUUUGAGUUUGAUGAUAAUGGAAACCCAACAAUGGAAGUUUCAUUUUGGAACAAGGCAUGCUUAAGGGCAACCAAAGAGGACUUAUCCCUGCAGGUUCCAAACAAAUUGGAGUCUCUAGAAACAUUGUUUAAUGUCAGCGAACGGUUCCCUGAUUUCACUUUCAAGUGGCUUUCCAAAAUGAGUAACCUCAAAGUUCUUUACUUGGGAAGAUGGGAGAGCACCGCGCAGCGCCACAUUGAAGUGGAAGACACUGCCUUCUUGAAAGACUUGAGAGGAAUGAAACAACUAAGGCUUCUCAGUUUUCAAGGAAUCUCCAGGAUUGAAGAGCUUCACAGUUCCAUUUGCAAGCUCUCCGAUUUGACCAUCUUGGAUCUUAGGGCCUGUUACAAUCUGGAGACUCUUCCAGAAAGGAUAGACUUACUGAAGAAUCUGACCCACUUGGAUAUCUCAGAAUGCUAUCAGCUAGAUCGUAUCCCCAAGAAGCUGUCCUCAUUGUCAAACCUCCAAGUCCUUCAAGGGUUUGUAAUUAGUGAUGCUGAAAAGGGAAGCACAUGUACAUUAGAUGAGUUAUCUGGGUUGAAAAGUUUGAGGAAACUCAGCAUCAAUAUAAAUACAGACGGUUUUGGGUUGAAACAACUGAUAAGUGCUCUAAAAGGCUUCCAAGGGCUUCAGAGUCUCAAAGUAGCAUGGGGUGGAAGACUCUCACAGGCCAAACCAGAUAACAAUCAGGAGAAUGAUGACAAGAAAAAGGAAACGCUUAAAAGUCAGGAGAAGAAAGAUGAUCCAGCCAGAUCCACCACAAAUCAGGAAAGAACUCCAGGUAACAGGAAGAAAGGUAAUACGGCAGGAAUGGCUAUUGAAAACCAACUAAAGGAUGCAGAGAAGAAGAGGCAGGAAAGUGCAGUCCUAAACCAGGAGAAGAGGAUUGAUAACAGGGAAAAAAAAGGGAGUAGUACAGAAGCUGUUGGCGGUCGCUCGGACAGGAAAGUAGACAAUGAAAUUCAAGAAAUCGCCGAAGCAGAAUCAGCAGCAAGAAACCAGGACAAAGGUGAGACUAGCGCUGGAAAAUCAAUGGAUAUCAAGCUGGAAAAGGGGAUUGGCAUGGAGAAAGCAGUAGCUGCUGAAGAGGGUAAGAAAAAGAAGAAGGUGGGAAUUGCUGAAGGAGAACCAAAGACCGGAAACCAGGAUAACAACAGAGGAGAAAACAAAAAGCCUACAAGUCGUACCCAACUAGGAAAAUCACUCUCCAAAAGAAAAAGUUUCCACCGAUAUUUUAGCAUUGAUAAGCAAGAAAAAGAUGAGGAUAGACUUCCAGCCAACCUCCAGAAACUGGAUCUUGAGUGUUUUCCAGAAGAAAAAGCUCCCGACUGGUUGAUGCCUGUAAAUCUAAGGGGUCUAAAAAGGCUAUACAUCAGAGGAGGAGGACUGAGAAGUUUAGGUGAAAUCCCAAAGAGAGGGGAAAGCAAAUGCAGUGUUGAAAUUUUACGCUUGAAGUACUUGAGUGGGUUAAAGUUGAAUUGGAUUGAGUUGAAGGCAUUAUUUCCCGAAUUGACAUUCUUGGAGGAAUCCGGGUGCCCAAACAUCACAUUCUGCCCUGGUGAUGGAUAUGGAGUUUGGCAGUUGCAGAAAAAAGCAGAGUCAGAGAAAUUGUAAGAAAUAAUGCUUCUUUCUUGUUUUCCAGCCUAGUGUUGUUGAAAUAUAAUUCAAAGUUUGAACAGAGUCUUUUUCUUAAACAAGUUUCUUUUACAGUUACAAAUAAGUAGCAGAGUAGUUGUGUGAUUUGAUGAAGGUUUUUUUUUAAGCUCUGUUUGUUAUAUAUAAGCCAAUAUAUAGAGGCUUUUUUUUCUUGUUUUAUAC